ACCUGCCGCCAGUGGGCGCUGCAGAGCCGCCCGCUUUGUGCGCCUUUCUCCACAUUCUCUCCUGUCACUCGCUGCGGCGAAGAAGAAAAGAUGGCAACCGUGGAGCGGCUGUCAGCCGCGAUGCCGCGUGUUCGCAGCGGGAAGACGGGCAACAGCGCUCGGCCAUGACACUGAGGAAGCCGCGCCACAGCGACGGAACGCCGAGUUCGACCGGGUCCACGCGCGCCCGUUUUCCCUGUUCCCCGUCCGCGUCCACCGCGUACUGACGCGCCAGCACCGCCACUGCCGCCGCACCGCCACCGCCGCGCGCGCACCUCACAGGCGCCCCAGGCACGCACACGGCACGCGCAGCGUAGUGCCCGCAGCGCACUCCGCCGCAGCCCCUCCGUGACGGGCGCAGGCACCGCGACGCGACUCGACGGCUCGUUUCUUCUUUUCGGCGGCGCCCCAAAGCGAAGGAAAAUGAGUGAGCAGAGCAUCUGCCAGGCCCGCGCCUCUGUCAUGAUCUAUGACGACACGAGCAAGAAGUGGGUGCCCAUCAAGCCUGGACAGCAGGGCUUCAGUCGCAUCAAUAUCUAUCAUAACACGGCAAGCAACAGCUUCCGCGUGGUGGGCGUCAAGCUGCAGGACCAGCAGGUGGUGAUCAAUUACUCCAUAGUGAAAGGUUUGAAGUACAACCAGGCCACACCUACCUUCCACCAGUGGCGCGAUGCCAGACAGGUGUACGGUCUCAACUUUGCCAGCAAAGAAGAGGCCACUACCUUCUCUAAUGCCAUGCUCUUUGCCCUCAACAUGCUCAGCUCUCAGGAUGGAGGCCCAGCUGUCCAGCGACAAGCCCAGAACGGGCCCACUACAGACGAUGCCGAUGCACAGAGAAGGCAAAUGAUGGAGCAGCAGCAGAUGCAGGCACAGCUGGAGAGAGAGCGGCGGGCGUCCGCCUCAGUCUCCACCCUGCACUUUAAGGUGUUUCCCUCCCCCGACUCCCAGUCCGUCACCCCCCCUCCUGAGUACAGAGUGUGUCGGCUCCACUCCUUGGCACCCACAUCCUGCGCCAAAGCCACCUCCUCAUCCCCUUGCUCCACCUCAUCCUCGUCCUCGUCCCCGUGUCAGGACCGGGAGGGCGACCCCUCUUCUCAGAGGGCCCAGCUCUCCCAGCUGUCCACCUCCCUGGUGUCGGCCUUCUCCCCUGUGCACCCUGGCAGUGGCACACAGACCCGCAAAGUGCGCCAGAUCCCCCUGUCCCCCCCUGCAGCCCCCCGGCACGCCAAACAGGGCACCCGCUCCUCCUCCAGCACGUUUGUGCCUGUGGCAAUGGCCCUGCCGGUGAAGCAGUCGAGUCUCCACCCCCUGCCACCGCUCCAAAACGGCCGCAGCAAAGGCACUCCCCCCGAACAGGGCGCCAACGGCCACCUGGAGGACUUCUGUGUGCCCCAAGAGCCCCUGGGCUCUCGAAGCCUCCUUUUCAAACUACCUGAUGGCUCCUUUGGCCCGUGCUACGAGGUUGUCCCCCUUUCUGCCCCGGUGGUCCAUCUGCCCCAGUGCUCCGCCUCCUUGCACCCUCAGCAGAUGUACCCGGCUGCACCCCCCUUCAUCUCCUCGCCCCCCUGUUUCAUGGCCCUGUCUGAGGGGCCCUCGCUCAAGAAGACCCCCUCUCCUGUCUCUCAGGCCGCCGUGCCCGACUCCAGUCCCUCCGCCCCAGCGGGACACCAGCCUGUGUUGUCCGUCGCUCCACCCGUCGCCUCACCGGUGCCCAUGCCUGCAGGGGGGCCCCCACCCCCGCCGCCCCCACCGGGCCCCCCGCCCCCGUCCACGGGUGCACCGCCGCCACCCCCUCCACUACCGGCCGGCGGAGGACCCGGGGGGCCAGGGGAGGAGGCCCCCUCAGGGCUGGCGGCCGCACUGGCCGGAGCGAAACUCCGCCGAGUGCAGAGGCCCGAGGACAGUUCUAGCGGUGCCAAGAAUGACCCGAACCGAACGAGCGGGGGUGGCAGCGGCGGCUUGAUGCAGGAGAUGAACGCCCUGUUAGCUCGAAGAAGGAAAGCUGCGACUCAGACAGACAAGAAGGAUGAAGAUGGGCAGAACGAGGAUCCCAACUCACCCAUCACACGCGGGCCUGGCCAGCAGAACUCUACAGAUGCUGUGAAAAAGCCCUGGGAUCGAGCCAAUUCAGCAGAAAAAUCCUCCUUGGUGUCGAGGGUAAGACCAGUGGGCAGCACCAGCGAUGCCGACACCUUAGAUUUCGACAGAAUGAAGCAGGAGAUCUUGGAGGAAGUUGUACGAGAAUUGCACAAGGUGAAGGACGAGAUAAUUGAUGCCAUUAGACAAGAACUUAGCAGAAUUAGCACGACAUAAUCUACUCAAGAGUUCAUGGAAGCAGCAGGAAGUGCUGGGGUUUCAAGCAACAGAAAGGGGAGGUGAGGACAGGGGGCACUGCAGCUGCCACGGUGCUCCUGGACCAUUGCAUGAGCGUCACCCAGUGCGCGGGGCAAACGUG